CUCACGAGCCAACACGAGAGGACAUGGAACCAAGUGACGGCCAAAAGUGAGACAUAUCCCAGUGAGGGUGAGGGUGAGGGAGGGGGAACCCUCAAAAUACGACGGGACUCUUCCUCGACGUGAGCCAUGUUCAGGAGUACAAAACGGAGGACUAACCACUGGAGCAACAAAGUCCACGAAAGUGUUCUCGUCCGGGACGCGGAGGGGCAGCUGGCUGCACUGGAACUAAGGGGCGGUGCUGAGCACGGACACUUUCCGCUUGUGGGUGAGCUUCUCCCGGGUGGAGCGGCGUGCCUCGGCGGCAGACUCCAUCCCGAGGAACUGCUGCUGCUGGAGGUCAACGACACACCGGUGGCCGGGCUCACCAGCCGGGACGUGAUGGCGGUGCUGAGGCACAGCAAGGAGCCCGUCAGACUCAAGUGUGUCAAACAAGGCGGCGUGAUCAACAAGGACCUGUGCCGCUACCUCAACCUGCGCUUCCAGAAAGGCUCGGUGGACCACGAGCUGCAGCAGAUCAUCCGGGACAACCUCUACCUGCGCACCAUUCCCUGCACCACCAGGCAGCCCAAGGAAGGCGAGGUCCCCGGGGUGGACUAUCAUUUCCUAAGCAUCCAGCACUUUAUGGAAUUGGAGAAAAGCGGCGCCUUGCUUGAGAGCGGAAUCUAUGAAGAUAACUUUUACGGCACGCCCAAGCCUCCCGUCGAGCCCGCCGCUCCGUCGCUAAAUGUAACGGAGCGGCUGCUGCCGCCGCCGCCGCUGCUACCGGGCGCCAGAACCAGCUCGGAGGGCAAACGCAAGCGCAACAAGUCGGUCAGCGACAUGGACAAGGCCAGCAUGGAGCCACCGGAGGAGGAAGAAGAGGAGAGGCCCCCCGCCGCCGUCGUCAACGGCAUCGCCCUCACGCCAGAGUCGAGCGAACACGAGGACAAAAACGGGCCGAGCGAGACGCCGCCCCCGCCGGGCGAGGCCUCGACCGAGGCGGACCCCGGCCGCUCCCCGAAAAGCGGCGCCCUCCCCAAGAUGGAGGACAACGACGAGCUGGGCCCGCUACCCGACAACUGGGAAAUGGCGUACACGGAGAAAGGGGAAGUCUACUUCAUCGACCACAACACCAAGACCACGUCGUGGUUGGACCCCAGACUCGCCAAGAAGGCCAAGCCGCCCGAGGAGUGCAAGGAGGACGAGCUUCCGUAUGGCUGGGAGAAAAUCGACGACCCCAUUUACGGCAGCUACUAUGUGGACCACAUAAACAGGAGGACCCAGUUUGAGAACCCGGUUCUGGAGGCCAAGAGGAGACUCCAGCAGGAGCAGCAGAUGCAAAGUCAGGGGCUCUCCUCGCUCCCGCUUCCCGCCAUCUACAGAGAGAAGCCGCUGUUCACACGCGACCCCACGCAGCUGAAAGGCAGCUUCCUAUCCACGGCGCUCCACAAGAGCAACAUGGGCUUCGGCUUCACCAUCAUCGGCGGCGACGAGCCCGACGAGUUCCUGCAGGUGAAGAGCGUCAUCCCCGACGGGCCGGCCGCCGCCGACGGCAAGAUGGCCACAGGCGACGUGAUCGUAUACAUCAACGACUUGUGCGUGCUGGGCACCACGCACGCCGACGUGGUCAAAUUGUUCCAGUCGGUUCCCAUCGGGCAGAGCGUGACCUUGGUGCUGUGCCGCGGGUACUCGCUGCCCUACGAGCCCGACGCCAACAACGCCGACGGCGCCGCCGCCGCCGCCAUCAUCUCCCCGCUGGGCAUCAUGGAGCAGCGCCCCCUUAUGGUGAACGGUCGCCCCGGCUACGAUAACUACCUGGACUACAUGUCCCGCACGACCCGCUUGGUCCCGGGCGCGGGUCAGGACCACCAGCCGGACGCCCAGCCGGACGCCCCCGACGGCCUCUCGGUGGCGUCUCAAGGCGAGUUGCUGACGCUGACCCUGGUGAAGGGCGCCGACGGCUUCGGGUUCACCAUCGCCGACGGCGCGGCGGGCCAGCGCGUCAAGCAGCUCCUGGAGCCGUCCGGGUGCCCGGGGGUCAACGAGGGCGACCUGAUCGUGGAGAUCAACAAGCAGGCGGUGCUGGGCUUCACGCACGCCCAAGUGGUGGACAUCCUCAAGGAGUGCGCCGUGGGCACCGAGACCUGCCUGGUGGUGCAGAGACCCGUCACAGAAUCGGGAGCCCCGAGGACUACUUUUCCCGCAGAGCCCUCGCCGGAGUACCAGGACAUGGAGGUGAACUUGCGGAGGCACAAGUCCGGCUUCGGCUUCAGGGUCCUGGGCGGGGACGAGGCGGGCCAGCCUGUGAGUCCGGAGGCACGUGACAAGAUCUUAAUCGGCGCCAUCAUCGAGAAGAGCCCGGCGGACGUGGACGGGCGUCUGCGUCCCGGCGACGAGCUCCUCUUCGUGGACGGCAUCCCUGUGGUGGGCAAGCCGCAUCGCUACGUCAUCGACCUGAUGCACAGCGCCGCGCGCAACGGACAAGUCAACAUGAUCAUCAGGAGGCGGAGGCAGGCGGCAGGCGACUCGUGUCAGGAGAACGGGCGCCACUCGGGCUCCACGCAGCACAGCUCGCCGCGGAGCGACCUGACGGACGCCAACAACGCCACCCAACCCAGCGACGUCCUCAUCCACCGGAAAGAAAGCGAAGGCUUCGGCUUCGUCAUCAUCAGCUCGCUCAACCGGCCCGAGGCGCCCGCCGCCAACCCGGUGCCGCACAAGAUCGGGCGGAUCAUCGAGGGCAGCCCGGCCGACCGCUGCGCCAAGAUGAAGGUGGGCGACCGCAUCCUGGCCGUCAACGGCCAGUCCAUCGUCGACAUGCCGCACGGCGACAUCGUCAAGCUCAUCAAGGACGCCGGCCUGAGCGUCACGCUGAGGAUCGUCCCGCAGGAAGCCGAGGCGAGCAACCCGCCGUCGGCGCCCGCCUCGGAGAAGCCGAGCCCCCUGGCGCAGCAGAGCCCCAAGACGCAGCCGCCCGCCGUCGGCCCGCAGCCCGACCCGGGUGCCGCCGAGUCGGACGCCAAAACCCAGCGGAGCCCUGUCGGCGGCCAGCUGCCGGCACCCCCGACGCAGACCUAUCCACACGAGGGCAGUUACAGAUCGGAGGUGAAAGCCCGGCAGGACGUGAAACCGGACAUCCGCCAGCCGCCCUUCACCGACUACCGGCAGCCGCCCGUGGACUACCGGCACCCCCCGGUGGCCGACUACCGCCAGCCGCCCACGCUGGACUACCGCCACCCACCCCUCUUGGACUUCCGGCCGCAGUUUGCUGUGGCGGACUACCGCAUGCCGCCGGUGCAGCUGUCGCAGGACUUUGACUUCUUCACGGUGGAGCUGGAGAAGAGCGUCAAGGGUUUCGGCUUCAGCAUCCGCGGAGGUCGGGAGUACAAGAUGGACCUGUUCGUCCUCAGGCUGGCCGAGGACGGCCCGGCGCUACGCAACGGCAGGAUGCGGGUGGGCGACCAGAUCAUCGAGAUCAACGGCGAGACCACGCGGGACAUGACCCACGGGCGCGCCAUCGAGCUGAUCAAGUCGGGCGGCAGGCGUGUGCGUCUCCUCUUGAAGCGGGGCACGGGACAGGUCCCCGACUACGACAAUGGCGCCUCUUGGGACGCUCGCCCUUCAGCCUCUCCAAGCCUGCCGGAAGUAACCGCGCCGCUCGAUAGACUUUCGGCGGCGAGCGUAGGGAGCGACGGCGGCCGGUCCGCCCGCGAGGGAUGCGAGGAGCGCCGUGCCGCGCCGGGACGCCAGAGAAUUCCCGGAGGAAGCGGCUUUCUUGCCACUCCCGCCGUGCACGCGAACGGGACGAACAGGCCGGGCCCGGAGCCCGGGCGGGAAUCGGCGGCCGGGAAGUCCGCCGUCUCUCCGGGGCCCUGGAAGAUCCCCGGAUGGGACAAGCUUCCCGGCGCGCUGCGGGCGGGAACUUGGACCAGCUAACGGCUCGACCCACCGAGGAAACCGAUCGACUCGUUUUAUUUAUUCGACUACGGACUAAAUUAUUGGACACCCUCCACCUUAAAAACUGGACGUUCAUCCACUUUUGUUUGGAGGAAUCAGCCGAAACUGAGAAGCAAUCAAAUGUAAGCAGAUUUUGAUACGACAAGCCGGACUCAAUGGGGUCUCUUUUUCUCGGACUUUGCCUUAACCGGACUGCGUGGGCCCAACAACAAUCACCGUGUAAAUAAAACAGAAGGCUGAGGAAUGACGCCGAGGAGGGCAUGGAGUGCCUUAGGAAGGAGCGAGGGGCGGAGCGUAGAUGUUUUUAACCAAGGCUGCUAGUAACCACGACGACCAUACAUGACGUACUGUGAAUCUGAUUCUGUCGACAUCUCGUGCGCUUUUUUGUCCCGCUGGUCCUUAAGUCUGCCAAAAUGGCUUGGCUCGUGUGUAUUUUUGUACAAUCAAGUCUGUAGCGCUAACAGUGUUUUAAAGCAGAAGUCAUCUCGGUCGCCACGGUGACAAGGGACUGUCAAGCACAACUUGGAAGCAUCUUUUGUCUUUUUCAUCACUUUUGUUGGCCAACGAAAACCAAAACGUGAGUGUGUGCGUGCGUGCGUGUGCGUGUUGAUGACACAGCUCAGAAUCACUGUGUAGUGUAAAACAGAAAAAAAAAAAAAAAACGGUGGUCGCCAGACUUGUAGGUAUGCGGAGCAACUAUUUUUAUGAGGAAAAAUGCAACACUACGAAAAUAUUAACUUGUUUUUGUUCCCAGAAAUCUCGUAUGAUACUCUGAAGACUAAAAUAAAACGUUGACACAAUAGCAA